CAGCCGGCAGCAACCCGAGUCAAGGGAGGGAUGACGUCACGUUCGGAGAUGGUGGGGCAUGGGCGGCACCACCAGCCUGCUCCGCCCUCAGAGGCCAGGAUAUUCCUGGUAAGUUGUGUCCGUUGGACACCGGGUUGACUAGGACCACGGACCUCACCCAAGCUGGAUCCAGGAGGUGACAGUACCAUGGGAUCCCCACUGGAAAAAAGAGACAGUGCUUUAUGGUCAGACAUCCCCAAGGGCCCCCUUAGUGCCUACCGAGCAAAAGCCUCCUUCAACUCCAAGGAGCUGCUGCUCUUCUGGGACGGCCAGGAUGUACUCCAGUUCAAGAAAACGAUCUUCUCAGCUUUGGAGAAUGACCCUCUCUUUGCCCGCUCAUAUGGGGACGAUCUGCCUCUAGAGAAGCUGCGAGAACUGAACUUCCUUCGCUGCAAGCGGGUCUUUGAGUAUGGCUUCUUCAACCUGGAGGACCUGCUAAAGAACCCCCUGAAGAUUCUAGUAUUCAUUAACUGUCUGGGCAUGUACGACUGGUCCCUGGCCAACAAAUGUGUCCUCCACAUGUUGGUUUUUGGAACCACAAUUCUCAGUUCUGGUUCUGAGCAGCACUUCAAGUACCUUGAGAAGAUCUAUAACCUGGAGAUUUUUGGCUGUUUUGCUCUCACUGAACUGAGUCAUGGGAGUAAUACCAAGGCUAUGCGAACGACAGCUCACUACGAUCCUGCUACCCAGGAAUUUAUCUUGCAUUCCCCGGAUUUUGAGGCUGCCAAAUGUUGGGUGGGCAACCUGGGCAAGACGGCAACUCAUGCAGUGGUGUUUGCCCAGCUAUACAUGCCAGACGGCCAGUGCCACGGGCUGCAUUCCUUCCUGGUGCAGAUUCGGGACCCAAAGACCCUGCUUCCCAUGCCAGGGGUGAUGGUCGGUGACAUGGGGAAGAAGCUGGGACAGAACGGCCUGGAUAAUGGAUUCGCCAUGUUCAACAAAGUUCGAAUUUCUCGCCAGAACCUGCUGGACCGGACUGGGAAUGUCACCUCUGAGGGCACAUACAACACCUCCUUUAAGGAUGUCCGGCAGCGUUUUGGAGCAUCGUUGGGCAGUCUGUCCUCAGGACGCAUCUCCAUCAUCAGCAUGUCUGUGGUCAACCUGAAGCUGGCCGUGUCCAUAGCCAUCCGGUUCUCAGCCACACGGUGUCAGUUUGGACCCACGGAUAAGGAAGAGAUUCCUGUCCUUGAAUAUCCACUGCAGCAAUGGCGCCUACUUCCAUACCUGGCAGCUGCCUAUGCCUUGGACCACUUCUCUAAGACAAUCUUCUUGGACCUGAUGGAGCUACAUCGUGCCCAGCUCAGGGGAGACCACGGUGACAGGCAGGCAGAACUCGGACGUGAGAUCCAUGCACUGGCCUCAGCUGGCAAGCCCCUAGCCUCAUGGACAGCCCAACGAGGAAUUCAGGAGUGCCGUGAGGCAUGUGGGGGACAUGGCUAUCUGGCCAUGAACCGGCUUGGUGACCUCAGAAAUGACAACGAUCCAAACUGUACCUAUGAAGGUGACAACAACGUCCUGCUGCAGCAGACCAGCAACUACCUGCUCAGCCUCCUGGAGCAUCCUCUCCAAGACGGAGCUCACUUCACAAGCCCUCUCAAGACAGUGGACUUUCUGGAAGCCUAUCCUGGAAUCUUGGGCCAGAAGUUCAUGGGCUCCAGCAAGGCUGACUGGUUGGACUCAGCAGCCCCCCUGGCAGCCUACCGCUGGCUUGUUUGCUACCUGCUCCGAGAGAGUCAUCGGAGAUACUGUCAAGAGAAAAAGUCCAGAGGCAGUGACUUUGAAGCAAGAAACAACAGCCAGGUGUAUGGCUGCCAGCCCCUGGCCCUGGCCUUCAUGGAGCUCACUGUGAUGCAGCGAUUCCACGAGCAUAUACACAGCUCCAGCGUGCCUCCAUCUCUACGGACUGUGCUCGGGCGGCUCAGCACACUCUAUGGCCUGUGGUGCCUGAGCCAGCACAUGGCCCUGCUCUACCGAGGUGGCUACAUUUCUGGGGAACAAACAGGAAGAGUGAUGGAGGAUGCCAUCCUGACGCUGUGUGUGCAGCUGAAAGAUGAUGCUGUGGCCUUGGUGGACGUGAUCGCCCCUUCCGACUUUGUUCUGGGCUCUCCAAUUGGCAAAGCUGAUGGUGAGCUCUAUAAAAACCUGUGGGCAGCUGUCCUGCAGCAGAACGGUGUGCUGGAGCGUGCCACCUGGUGGCCUGAGUUCACUGCCAACAAAUGUGUGGCCAACAGGCUGAAGUCCCAGCUGUAGAUACUGUUGGAGGGGCGGUUACAGCAGGAUCAGCUGAUCCAGAGGACCCAGACGUGGAGCUCCAAGAGUCACGGGGAUGCCCACACUGAAAACUGCUUACACUAAACCUCCUUGACCCUGGUCAGCCUGUUGUACCCAUCCUCAAAUGGAGUAUUUGCAAGGGGUUUGCAGAGCUUGUUUCCCCGAGGGCCUUGGAAUCGAACAAAGGACUUUGUUAUGCUAUCUCGGGGCUCAGAUAGGAAGGUAAAGUCAGGGCUCAACAAUGAAAGCCUUCUGCUCAGGUGAACUUUGGGAUCCGUGGAGGAUUUUCCAGAUGCUCUCUUCUCUCUGCUGCUGUCUGAUCCUUUAAUUCUGCCGUGGGGUUGCCAUACUUCUGUUUACCUGCCACUUACUGCUGUGUACCAUGGACUGUCAGAAUGAUGUAAUUUGAAGAUUUUUAUGGGAAAAAAAUGUUUUAUUACCUCCUUUGGUGGCAUCAGAAGUUUCCACAGAGGAAAGUGCUCCCACAGAAGAUGUGCGUGGUGGUGGGGACAUCCAAUCUGCUCACCACAGACACCCCACUGUGUCAAUGACUGGGAGAAAUGCCCAGUGUCCUCUGUUCCCAUCAAGUGUCCCUCAGCAAAUUUACACACAGCAUGACCCUGCUACACUGGCCAUAGCCAGACCCUUCGCUUCUGAAAGGCACAUGUCGCCAUCCCUUCCUGCCAUAGGGAGGAUCCAACACCAUUCAUGUUUCUGUUGGGCUGGUCUGAGCCUCAGGUGUUUGCUGAACCAGAGAGCCUCUCUCUUCACCACCUGAUCUUUAUCAGCCACCCUACCCUGUCCUGGCUCAGCCCCCUCCCAGAGUCCCAGUCCAGCCAAAUGGGGGUCUGCCAGCUGGAGUCUCUUUGGUACAUGAGGGCCAUGUGUUUACAGAUGAUGCCUUCCACCUGGAUCUAUGGCUUUUCCCAACAAUGAGGACUAGGUCUUAGGUCCCCUUGGGUCCUCCCAGCUCUUGGGGUCUGUACCCUCCCAUCCUGCCACGCAGUGGUCACCUCAGCCACCUGUUCCCCUGACCAUACUUUUGUGUGGGAGUUGGUUACUUAUAAGUCUGAUUGGAGAUUGACUAGAAUAUCACAGAAGUGUCCACGGUCAGUAGGUCAGUAGAAUGCUGCAUUAAGAUAAGUCACAUGGUCCCCAGGUCAGGCAGUCUGACUGCAGAGCGUUCCCUGGUGGCCAAGGUGCCAACAGAUUUCAAAUUAUAGAAAAAUGGAUCAUUAGCUAUAGCUUCUGAGGGGAGGGAGAGUCAGUUUUCUUUUAAGAGUAGCCACUUAGGUAGGUUGACCAUGCUCCAUUUCAUGCCCAUGCACCCAAGAGCAUAUGUGUGGCACAGGGUGGAUUUGAUGGCUUUUGUUUUGUAAUGUGUGCACAUAAAUUUUCACACCUACCGUUUGGAUAUAUCUUUGUCCCUGGGGUAGGGACUGGCUCUCUGGGCAACUAGGUUUGGAUGGGUGUCCUGUUAGCUGGCAGACAUGACAUGACUUCCAGGAGUGAAUCGUGUAUUCUGGUCCCUGCUCCUGUGCAUGCACACUCCCCUCCUCUGUCCCGAGGGUGGGGCAGGUGGCAUGUGAGGGCCUACGGACAGGGCCAUAUUAUUAAGACAAACUUGUAAAGGCCCCAUAAAAAUGAAACAUUUGUGAACAGCAGAAAAGACUUGAAUAAUUGCAAUAAAGUAUUGAAAUCAAA